UGCUUAACCAGGCCCUGCCUCAUUCUUCUGGAUUAGACACUGACAGAAGUAGAGCGAGGAUAAGUACUGCCCGAAUCCCCGGUAGGAUCUGAAUUGAGGUUGUUACAGAACUCAUCCAACCAUGGCUCUGCCGAUAGACCCCAUGGAGGAGCUUCGAAUGUACCAACAGACGCUGCUACAGGAUGGCCUGUGCGACCUGCUGGAAAAUGACACCAUGGUGGACUGCGUGCUGAAGAUCAAGGACAAAGAGUUCCCCUGCCACCGCCUGGUGCUGGCUGCUUGUAGCUCCUACUUCCGGGCGUUUUUUAAAUCAGGCGUGGAAGCAAGCAAACAGCGAGAGAUUGUCCUGGAGGAUGUUGAACCUGGUGUCAUGGGUAUGAUUCUGAAAUACCUCUACACAUCAAGCAUCAAUGUGACUGAGCAGAAUGUCCAGGACAUCUUUUCUCUUGCCAACAUGCUCCAGAUUCCAUCCAUUUUCACAGUGUGUGUCUCGUUCCUCCAGAAACGCUUGAGCUUGAGCAACUGCCUGGCCAUAUUUCGCCUGGGUUUGAUGAUCGACUGCCCUCGGUUGGCGGUCUCAGCCAGGAAUUUUGCCUGCGAGCGUUUUGAGCUGAUCACACGAGAUGAGGAGUUCCUACGCCUGAGUCCCAGUGAGUUAGCUGCAAUCUUGACCUCGGACUCAUUGAAUGUGGAAACAGAGCAGGCCGUAUUCGAGGCCAUCAUGAAAUGGGUGGGCUUUGACAAGGACAAGCGACUUGAGGAACUCUCAACAUUACUGGACUGUGUGCGCUUCCGACUCGUCCCUGAGGAUUAUUUCGCAGAGCAGGUGGAGCAACACGAGUGGCUGCGAUCUAACCCCGAAAUUACCAAGAAACUGCAGCUGGUCAAAAAUGCUUAUGUUGGGAAACUUCCAGAGGUUAAGAAGACCUCAACAAGUAAAAAAAUUAAAGAAAAGGAGGCAGAGGAAGAUGGUGAAGAGGAAGAAGAUCAGGAAGAGUUACUUCCUGGAAUCCUGAAUGAUAAUUUAAGGUUCGGCAUGUUUCUCAGAGACUUAAUACUUAUGAUAAGUGACACAAGUUCAGUUGCUUACGACCCUACAGGAAACGACUGCUAUUUGGCGUCAAUAUCCAGCCAGAUUCCAAAAAAUCAUUGUAGCAUUGUAACCAAAGAAAACCAAAUCUUUGUGGCUGGUGGACUUUUCUUCAAUGAACAGAAUCAAGAGGAACAGCUCAACUCAUACUUUUUACAGUUUGAUCCUGCAAGUUCAGAUUGGCUCGGAAUGCCCCCUAUGCCCUCACCUCGCUUCCUGUUUGGCAUGGGUGAAGCAGAGAAUUCCAUCUUUGUAAUCGGUGGGAAGGAGUUAAAGGAGGGAGAAAAAACUUUGGAUUCAGUCAUAGUUUAUGACAGAAUAUCGUUCAAAUGGGAAGAGUCAGUUCCACUACCCUACGCGGUGUAUGGACAUGGAACAGUAUCUCACAAUGGAAUUGUGUAUGUAAUAGGAGGAAAAGGAGAUGACAAACAGUGCUUGAACAGAGUUUGUGCUUAUGACAUGAAGAAAGGUAAGUGGACGGAUCUUGCACCACUGAAGACCGAACGAUCGCUGUUUGGCGUCACUGUUUAUAAGGACAAGAUCUACGUUGCUGGAGGUGUUACAAACUCUGGUCUCACUGGCACCAUUGAGGUUUAUGACAUUAAAUCGAACAAGUGGUCUGAGUUUGUCGAUUUUCCCCAGGAGCGCAGCUCCCUCAGUCUGAUCACAGUGGGUAAUACCAUCUUUGCUGUCGGCGGCUUCGCAAUGUUUCCAAGUGAAAACAGUGAGGAUCUCACACCAAGAGAGAUGAACGACAUUUGGAGGUAUGACGAAAGUGAGAGGAAGUGGAACGGUAUCCUGAGAGAGAUUCGCUACGCUUCAGGCGCGACAGUGUUGGGUGUCCGUCUCAACACACUAAGACUCACCAAAAUGUGAAACCAACUGUUUGUGAUCCCUCGAGGAACUUUUUUUUUUAUUAUUAUUUUUUAAUUUAAAUAAAGUUUGGUUUUAUCAGAGAGCAAGUGUGUUGUAUGGGACUAAGAGCACUAGAAAAACUGAAAAUAAAACAUGGUUUAGUUUGUUAUUGGCCAGUUUUAGUUGCAUGUUGUUUAAUAUUACCUUUAUGGUUGGCACAAACAAAAACUUAAACUUCAAUUCUCAAACACUCAAAUUAACAAUUUUAUUAUGACAUAAAUUUUUUACCCAUAGAAACAGUUACCUGAACAGAGUUAGUGCAAUAAUAAGUUAGAAUGUUAUUAUUUCUGUCAGAGUUUCAUUGUGACAAUUUAAUUUUGUUAUGCCUUUUGUUGUUUAUACAUUUUACACCAUUCUGUCAAAUAAUAGACUUAAUUUUAUUUCAGACCGGU